CAAGCUUCCAGAAUAGUCAGUCUCUACUCUCUACUUAACAAGUGUCAAGGCUCUCUCCUUCUCAGUCUCCGUCUCGCUCUUUGCCUCAAGGAUGGGUAACAUGGGUUCAAGUGCACCAGAUUCCACAGUUUUGAAGAGCUGGAGAGAUCGUUCUCCUACUUCCUCAGUUGUCAAGCUCUCUCAGGUUACUGCCAUCAACAACAAAUACGAGUCACCUCAGUUCGAAUCCGGUGGAUACAACUGGAGAAUGGUUCUGUACCCUAAAGGGAACGAAGAUGACAACGGAAGUGGGUUUGUGUCGAUGUAUGUGGAACUUGACAAGAGCUGCCUCUCAUCCUCCACAACAUCACCCACGGAGGUCUUUGCUCAUCUCUCUUUCUUUGUCUUUAACAAGAAAGAGAACAAGUACUUCUCUGUUCAAGAUGUUGAAGCAAAGCUGUUCAACUCUUCAAGAACGGUGUGGGGAGUGUCAAAAGUUCUUCCUCUUGACAAGUUCAAUGACCCUGAACAAGGCUACAUUGUGGAUGGAGAAUGUGAGUUUGGUGCUGAUGUCUUGAUUGCUCCACCAGAGGAGAAACUCGAUUUUCCCAAAUUCACUUGGCGUGUUAGGGAUGUCUCGCUGCUGAAAGGGAAUGAUUGCGUUUCAAAGAUCUUUCCAAUGAAAGAAAAAAACUGGAGUUUGAAGCUGUACCCAAAGGGAGAGUCUGGUGAAGAUGACGAUUUGACCAUGUCUUUGCAUUUAGCUGACGGUGAAGUCUUGCAGCCUGGUGAGAUGGUUUCCGUGCGAGCUCAGCUGCGGAUUCUCGACCCGCGUGGUUCCAAUCACAAAACAACAUGGCUUAACAUGUGGGUCAUGAACAAAGCGAUGGGUCUUGUUCAAACCAUGUCUUUAGCUGAACUUGGGGAGGCCUACUUGGACACUGAAGAUGCUGUGAACGUCGAGAUGGAAUGUGAAGUCCUUAACAGCAGGAACAACCCCUUCUUUAAUUAGGGUAUCUCUACCUUAACCAUGCAUGUCUCUACCUUCUACUUUUGGGAAUACUCUGCAUUAUGCGUUGAGAUUAAAAUAUGUGAUGUUGUUCUUUAAGGUCAUCUAAAAAAAUUCACCCUUUUGUUUAGGGAUAUAAACUAUCUGACAUGCAUGUCUAGUUGUCUACCACUGUCUGAAAACUCUGUUUUUAUGCCACUAUCUUAAACUCUGUAAUCCUGGUUAUAUAUCCUACUUGCCAGUUUUAUUUUAGUUUCUAAAUCUUUCUACGAUUAAGCUUUCAGUAAUUUGUUUUGUUUUCCAUAUAUAUAAUACCAUCUUUAGACAAAUGAGACAUCUAAUUUAAUAUAAGAAACAAAUGAAAAUGACCAAAUCAGAUCCAGACAAAAGGCUAAAUAUCAGCCACGUCACACUUCCAAACCAAACACCACGUGUCACGUUCUCAACUCAUCAAA